UUGGCUAAUAGCAACAAACAAAUAGCAAUAUUUUGAAAUAAUUUUGAGUUAUCUUUGACCUAAGAUAAACAGCGAAGAGCUGGAGAUAUGUCUAAGUGUCGUAGCAUUCAACAAAACGACUUUGGUGUUCGUCAGAAAAACAGCAUCAUGUCGGUGUGUGAGUACAAGAAUUUUUACAACCAAGACAACGACGAGAUCCUCGAGGCCAAACUGUGCAAGCAUUUGGGCAAUGGGCUCCCUGUUAUCAACAAUCUCAGCGAUUUGGUCAAAGAGUUGCGCUUGAUUUUCGAAUGUGAUUCCGUCAAUGUGGAGCUGGUGAGUUUCCUCAUGAAAUCCUACAAGUCCAACCCUGUCGACUGGAAAAAGUACGCAAAAUUUGACCGAUACAGAUACACUCGCAAUUUAGUUGAUAAGGGCAACGACAGAUACAACUUAAUGAUUCUUUGUUGGGGUGAAGGUCACGGUUCAGCAAUCCACGACCACGCCAAUGCUCAUUGUUUCAUGAAGAUGCUGCAAGGGUCCUUGCAGGAGAUCCGAUUCGCGUGGCCUCAGCGAGAAGGGGAGGAACUCAAGGAAACGAAACGGACGCGGCUUAAUCUCAACGAUGUGUGCUACAUCAACGAUUCUCUAGGCUUGCAUCGCGUGGAGAACGCCUCAAACGUCGACACUGCCAUAAGCCUGCACUUGUACUGCCCUCCGUUCAAUAAGUGCUCAAUUUUUAAUAAAAACACGGGGCAGAAAUCGACCGUCACCACCACAUUUUACUCGAUAUACGGGAAGCGGAAUAAGGAGAAUAAGGAGACUGACCAACCUGAGGAUAACUGAAACCAAAGCGACUCUUCUCAGCUCGUUUAUUAUUAAUAAGAAAAUAAUAUAUUUUUGUAAAUUGAAUUAUAAAUAACUCUUCUUAUUAUUUAAGUUUUAAUGAGAAAUAACAAAAAAUAUAUAAAUUGCUAA